AUGGUAGGUUACACAAACAAACACAACGACCGGCGAUGGGAUCUUUUGAUGGCUCCCAUUUUGGCGAACAAUUCUAUGGCAAGACUGGAGGAUCACUUGCUGCAAGAGACAAUACCAACCAAAAAUUGUCGGUCAGAUACGUGGAUGACUAUUUUAUCAUCUGACCUUAGGAGAGAAAUAGGACCCAUUUUCGAGAUCCGGCUGCUGCAAGAUUGCGAAGAAAAGUUGGUGAAAGUGUUGCCUGAAGAGAUUCAAAGUUCGGUUCCGCCAGAAAAAGAAGACGCUGUUGCCGAGUCCGGUGAAAAAGCGCUCAUCUUUCGUCCGUCUUUUGACGAGCAUCAUCCCAGCCAGGUGCCAUCGUCACAACCGAAUUCGACUCUCUUCACACAACACUUUCACUCAAAGUGCUACAAGAUUGUCUGCUCAUGUGGUCGAUGUUGUGUUGGUGUGACAGAGAGUGGGAAAAAGACAAAAAUGCUUGCGAUGGAAGCUGGGUUCGACGGUCGGAAGUUGUAA